GCCUUGAGCAACAUUUGCUCUGCCCGCAAACAUGUAACAAAUCUGAAACGCUUUGCCCUGUUACUUGAAAGGCUGAGUUAAAUCUGUUUCUUCAGCAGGGAAAGAUGACAACUUCUGCUGAGAAGCCGCCCUUGAGUCCCAACACUGGGAAAAAGCAAUCUUCUCAUCUGCCUGUCUGCACAAAUCCCGGCAAUCCUGUGUUUUCCUGUAUGCUGGACCCCAGAGCGCUGACGACCAGUAGUUCUUUGAGAAAGCCUCAGGUUUUACUGUUUAAAACAACUUCGAGUGAAUAUGGUGCUAUACCGCCUACUUCACAGAUGUUACCCUGUACUUACCAUCCAGUAGAUCAAACGUUUACAAAACACUUACUCACUUGUGGGUCAUCUCAAGAUGGUUACUUGAAUACUGCCAUUGACAGAAGUAGGGUAUAUGACUACCCCAAUUUGCAGCAUACGCUGUAAAAAUGGCUCUCAAUUUUCUCAGACUUCGCCUAGACACUGAACUUUAAGAAAUCUGACUUCGUUAGUGACAGUUAUUCCCAGAAUGACUGAAAUGUUUGAUUUAUCUUGGUUUUGCUGGGUUGAACAAGAUGCAUCAAAAAGGAUGUAGCACGUUUGAUGAUAUACUUCUCUGAAUCAGACCUAAACCUGUAAAAAUAAAGCUUUUGAAACCGGUAUCAUAAAUGUGUAACUCAAGGGUGUAGAAAGAGUUAAGUGCAAGAGUCAUUUCACCUGAAGGUUUAUGUUUACUUAAAGUAUUUUCUGCUUUUAAAA